AAAACAAAUUUAUUCGCCAUGUUUAAAACUAAAAUUAAAUUGAUCGCACUGUUAUAUUUCGUCUUUCAGUAUUUUGUUGGAAUCCGACAAGUAGUGUGCAGGCCAAUAAAUCAUUAUGGAAGCAUUGAAAACGGGAAUUUUGCCUUUCAAGACAAAGUUGGAAGAGAUGAGGAGAUUAAAGAGUCAAGAUGGCCAAUAGACAGAGAACCAUACAUAAACGUGAUCAAAGAUCAAUCCAGAGAGUGGACGAAUCUGCAUCACUCUCAACCGUUGAAACGUUCAGACGAAGCUACAGGAAUGCGUAAUCUUCCGCUACCCAACGACUUGGGAUGUCUCAACAUGACCAACCCGAUUUCAAAGUAUUGCAAUGGUCCCAUAAAUUUACUGUACAACAAUAACGUUACGGUGCAAAAUUACUUCAUGUUAGUUCCUGGAAACGGAUCUUGCAACGACACUAUAAGAAAAUUCGAGGCUGUCAGUGAAGAACCUUUGGAGAUGAAAGCUUUGCCAUCCCCGAGAGUAUUACAGGCCAACCAGGAGAUGAAAACGGUUGAAGUGAGAACUAUUAGUGUAGAGCCUACCUCGAGUGAGGAAACAACUUCGGAAUCUCCGAAAACUACACCAAACGUCACAGAAGCGACGACUGUUAGUACAGAAAUGAACACAACUGUUCCAGAAGUUACUGCAACUACUGAAUCCAACGUUACGAUUCCUAACGAGGUAACCACAACGACUAUGGAGGUAAUGGUGGAAAUUCUCACAUUGAAUUCAACAAUAAUGAAUGACACGACAGAGGCCACAACAGUGUCCACUGAGAACACUUCGAUGACAACUCCUAAACUGUUUACUCAAACCUUAAGUGAGGAACUGAUGCGGACAUUGGACAAAUACUGUGAAACAUUUAAUCUGAGCAACGCAAACAGUUACACCAUAAAUCCAGUCACAAUAGGUCUAAACCUAAACUCUCUUGUGGAAGAAAAAGGCAAGCUGAAACGUACGCCACACGAAGAAAACUGUCGUAAUUUCAAUAUGAGUAGUGAUCUGAAUUAUACUAUACAGCCUGUUCCCAUUCCUCAACGAAUCGUUCGACUUGCCAACAAAUCAAAAGCGAAUGUUAAGAAGCAACAGCGUAACCUAUCAAAAAGCAACUAUAAUGAUAAAAGCUUUUAAUCUCCUGGAAUACCUUGCAGUGUUUUUUCUUUGAAGAGUUUGGUUAAGGAAUAAUUUACUGAUAGCUUUGUUGUAUAUAUUUUAUAUUUUUGUAGAUCAUAAUAAACGAUCUAUUUAACAUCCUUGAGGCCCGAAAAGAACUGUUAAAAGAACCGUUUUAA